UUUUUUUUUGAAUAAAAUCCACACAAAUUAUAUACAAUACUAUUAUUUUAACAUAUUUACUGCUUUUGGAUUCUGCAAUAUAUGGCAGCUCUCUUCAUUCCAAAUUAUUCCAAGUGAAUGGAUAUAAACAAAAAUUCCAACAGUAAAAUUCUUAGUGGAAACUUUAAUAGCAUUUUCAAAAAUUCUGGUAAAUUUGGAUAAAGAUCAAAAUAAAAGAAGUUUGCGUGUUAAGAUGAAGCUUGAGGAUGCUUAUGAUUCCGCCGCUUCAGUACCUAGCAAAGCAAGUGAAAAGGGAGAAAAAACUAAAAAAGUCUUAAUUAAUUCUGGCUCCGGUAAUGGGGAGGAAGCGGAUAUUGAAUUAAGUGAGCAAUUGGAAGAUGAUUCUCUGAAAGAAGCUGGUAGCAGCAAAAAGAAAGGUGCACGCAAAAAACGUUCGCUAAAUUGGGAAGAAGCAGAAAGAUGUUUACUACUGGAAGUUAUAAAAACAAAAUUGCAAUUUGUUGAGAACCGCAAUGUGGAUACAUCAAGUAUAAAAGCUAAACGAAAUGCCUGGUUGCAGAUAACCAAACAGUUUAAUUCCCUCAAUUUCCGUCAUCGUUCUUUGGAACAAAUACAAGUACAAUGGCGUAGCAUGAAGAACACAGCUAAACGUGAGUAUCAGCAAAAGUUUAAAGACUCAAGUUUAGAUGCAUUCAAUUUAAUUGAUUUUAUGGAAGAAUUACAAAAGGAACCAGUAAGCACACGCAGCCAUCGCCUUAGUGGUGGAAAAAAAGAUUUGAGUGUUGAUGAGGAUGAAGACAUGCCAUUAGCAUCAUUGCCAAAUAAUGCUAGUGAUGAUACUCAAGAAGAAUCAAUUAGUGCUUUACCGUCCCCACCACCUUCUGCUGAAUCACAAAAUGAAACGCAACAAGUUUCGCCUACACGCAAUAAAAAAGCAGCUAAUGCAGUUAAAGCGGAGCCAUCAGCGCAGGUAGCUGGAGUUAAAACAAAAAGGCUACGUAAACCACAGCUUUCCACGUCAAUGGACGACGAUGCUGCUAUUCAUGCAGAAUCUUAUGUAAAAACAUUAGCUGAUCAUUCAAAUUCAAAAAUACUCAAUAAAUCAACCGCAAUACCUCCAGCAGAAGAUAGAUUUAAAAAGGGUCUGUUCGAUUUGAUGAAACGCGCACGUGUUGCUGACAUGGACUAUGCACGUCGUGAGCAUGAGCAAAAAUUACGUUUUGAACAGUUGGAACAGGAUCUGAAAAUUAAUUACUACCGUCAACAGGAAGAAUUGAAACUGAACCAUUUGCGUGAGGAGCAUGAAGUGCGUUUACGUCAUCGCCAACUCGAGCAUGAAGCCCGCAUGCGGGCCUAUAAUAUAAAUGUUGUUGAAACAAAAUCGGCUAAGAAAGGAGAGCAUAAGAAAAGUGCCGCCGAUGAGAAACCACCGAUUUAAGUUGGGGUGAUGGCCGCUGCGGUCAAAUUUAAAUUGAGUUGUUGUCAAAAGGAAUGCCUCAAAACGAAAUGUAGCUUUAAGUGUAAACAGUAUUUUUAUCAAAGUAAGAAAAGCUUGAACAUUUUUUGUGUGAUGUUUAAGUUGUACUGAGUCCUCCAAAUCCUACAAAUACUCAUUAAUACUCAAUUAAAUAAAAAUAAUACUCAUGUUGCCACACUCAAACUGAAAGUUAAGUAUCUCUAAGAAAUGCUAACAUUUUUCAUUUAAAAAUUAACUCCAAGCGGUUGUGCAUCCUUAAACCGACAGUAUUUUUUAUUAUUAAUUAUAAGUUGAAUCAUUUUGACCUAUACCUUCUUAAAAAUAUGUGUUUAAAUAUAUUAAAUCUUCCCAAAAUUUUGA